UAUUUUUCUUGUUCACAUCCAUACUUAGUUAUUUAUAUCAGCUUCUCUUAUAGAAUAAUAUUUAAUGAGAUAAAAUCCAUAUAGUUGGAGGGUCUCUCUAACCUUGAAACUUCUAUGGCCUUCCUCUGUAUUCAUCUCUUACGAAUAUCUUAUCUGUUGUUUAAACCCUAAAAGUAUCUGAGUUUCCAUCUCUAACUUAGAGAGAGAGAGAGAGAGAGAGAGAGAGAGAGAGAGAGAGAGAGAGAGAAACCCUUGCCAAUAUAUGAUAAAGCAGAAGAAGAUCUCUCCUAUAUCUAUAUAUAUACAUAACUCCAAUCUUUGAAAAAAAGUCUUGAUCAUUAAUUUCUCUUUCAUCAAUCCUUGAUCACUGAAUCUUCCUUUCUUCUUUGAUUGGCUUAGAGGUUGGUAUAUUGAUUAUCAAGGUGGGUAGGAGCAAUAAAGUGAUUGAUUAACCCAAACCCAAAACAAACAGAUUUGACUCAAAAGUGAAAAUGAAUUCAAACAACUGGCUUGGCUUUCCACUUUCACUAAACCACUCUUCUUUGCCUCCUCAUGAAUAUAACAUUGGCUUGGUGAGCGACCAUAUGGACAACCCUUUCCAAACACAAGAGUGGAACAUGAUCAAUCCACACGGUGGAGGAGGAGAGGUUCCAAAAGUGGCAGACUUUCUCGGUGUGAGCAAACCGGACGAAAAUCAACCCGACCACAUCGUAGCUUACAACGACCCAGGUUACUACUUCCAUACCACCAAUAGCUUGAUGCCUAACGUCCAAUCAAACGACGUCGUUGUAGCUUGUGACUCCAACAAUCCUAACGAUAGCUAUGAGCUCCAAGAGAGUGCUCACAAUCUACAGUCACUCACUUUGUCCAUGGGGACGACCGGUGGUAGUAACGCUGUAGCUAAAGCGUUGCCGCCCGAGGUCACCGGCGAUAACACUAGCGGUGGAGCAUUAGCCGUUGCUGAGACGGCCACGCCAAGACGUGCUUUGGACACUUUCGGACAACGCACCUCGAUCUAUCGUGGUGUCACAAGGCAUCGAUGGACCGGUCGAUAUGAAGCUCACCUGUGGGAUAAUACUUGUAGAAGGGAAGGUCAGUCUAGGAAAGGAAGACAAGUUUACUUGGGUGGGUAUGACAAAGAAGAUAAAGCAGCAAGAUCAUAUGAUCUAGCCGCACUUAAGUACUGGGGUCCCUCGACUACUACUAAUUUCCCGAUUACUAACUACGAGAAAGAAUUAGAAGAAAUGAAGCACAUGACUAGACAAGAGUUCGUGGCUGCUAUUAGAAGAAAAAGUAGUGGAUUUUCACGAGGCGCUUCAAUGUAUCGUGGAGUUACAAGGCAUCACCAACAUGGAAGAUGGCAAGCACGGAUCGGACGAGUCGCCGGAAACAAAGAUCUCUACUUGGGAACUUUUAGCACUGAGGAAGAAGCAGCAGAAGCUUAUGAUAUAGCCGCGAUAAAGUUCAGAGGGCUCAACGCAGUGACCAACUUCGAGAUGAACCGGUACGACGUGAAAGCCAUCCUCGAGAGCAGUACUCUCCCCAUAGGAGGAGGCGCGGCUAAGCGGCUCAAAGAAGCUCAGGCUCUUGAGUCUUCAAGGAAACGCGAGGCUGAGAUGAUAGCCCUUGGUUCAAGUUUCCAAUAUGGUAGCGGCUCGAGCUCAUCAAGGCUUCAGCUUCAACCUUACCCUCUAAGCAUUCAACAACCAUUAGAGCCUUUUCUUUCUCUACAGAACAAUGAUAUCUCUCACUACAAUACCAAUGCUCAUGACGCGUCCUCCUUUAACCAUAAUAGCUAUAUCCAAACACAGCUUCAUCUUCACCAACAAACCAACAAUUAUUUGCAGCAACAAUCGGGUCAGAACUCGCAGCAGCUCUAUAAUGCGUAUCUUCAAAGCAAUCCGGAUCUGCUUCAUGGCGUUGUCUCCACCUCUAUCGUUGACAACAACAACAAUGGAGGCUCUAGUGGGAGCUACAACACUGCAGCUUUUCUUGGGCACCACGGCAUUGGUGUUGGGACGAGCUCGACCGUUGGAUCGACCGGGGAGUUUCCAGCUGUUAAAACAGACUACGAUAUGGCUUCGAGUGAUGGCAAUGGAGGGUAUGGUGGUUGGACCGGUGAGUCUGUUCAGGGGUCGAAUCCUGGUGGUGUUUUCACUAUGUGGAAUGAGUGAAAAGGGAUCUUGUUUUUUGCGUUGCAAGAAAAUAGGUCUGAGGUAGUAACUAUUUUAUCAUUAUUCUGUUUUUUUUCUCGUCUUGGAAGUUAGGAUCAAAUUAGAACGGACUUUUGGUAGAAGAAUUAAGGUAACACGGAACGGUUAUUUAAGAAUUGACGGCGAAGGUGAUGGUUCUCGGACAGUGGUUAAAUGGUUCUUGAGGGUUAGUGUUUAUGGGUGGGUACUCAAAGUAAGUUUACGAGUACGUACCCAAGUAUUUAUAAGGAUUUAUAUUUUCUGUAGUUGUUAUAUUAUCAAUUAACCCCAAAGGGAGCUGGCGAAAAAAAGAGGCAAUAAUCAGAAUCUAGUCUUAUUUUUUUUAAGAAGAGAAAGCAUCAAACAAAUCGAUAAUUUAUAUUUUAUAAGAUUAAUUUGUAUUGAAGUCAUUAUCGAACUACUUCUCUAGGAUCUAAAAUAUCAACCUUUUCUAGAUAUUUUAACAACAUCACUUUCGAAAUAUUACUAUUUAGAAGGAGGUACUAUAGUUUCGUCAUAAAACUUGUUUAAUUUUGUAUGUUUUAAACCGAAUGAAACUGAUUGACCGGCUUUGCCUAGUAACUUACUAAGGAAUAUUUGCCUAGUAAACCAUUUUUGUUUAAAACAAAUCCUUCCCCAAAUUUUUCGUUUAUUAAGAUAUAUAUAUAUAUAUAUAUAUAUAUAUAUAUAUAUAUAUUCUUGUAGUACUUUUUAUUACUUUCCAAAGAGAGCCGACGAAAAAAAACAAAUCAACAAGUAGUGAAA